UGUUAUGGCCGCCAACCUCAGGUGGAUAUGGAGAACAUGCCCCAUUUAUUCUCGAGUUGACAAUGUUUUAAACGUUAUUGAUGUCUGGAGAUCGAGUAGUUUGUUUUUACAGGCAUCCAUCUGUCCGUAAGGAUGCGUUUGGAGUCGGUAUUCAUCCUGCUACUUGGAUUGGUGGGUCUCGUUCAAGGCGAACCACACCUCAUAUUUGCAAAUCGUAAGGAUGUCCAGUUGGUAGAAGUACAGAAUGGUCGUGGAAACACAACAAUCCUUGUUGACGGCUUAGAGGAUGCGGCUGCUUUGGACUUCUACUUUGCAGAGAAUUCGGUCUUUUGGACAGAUGUGAGUCUCGAACUGAUCAAGCGGACAUGGAUUGAUGGGACUCGAACCAGCGUGAAUGUCAUCUCUUCGGGGCUUGUGUCUCCUGACGGGCUGGCAUGCGAUUGGCUGAGUCGGAAACUAUACUGGGCAGACUCUGAAACCAAGCGAAUUGAAGUUAGUAAUCUAGAUGGGGGGCACCGAAAGGUUCUACAUUGGCAAGAUUUGGACCAGCCCAGGGCCAUAGCACUGGACCCACUACAUGGAUACAUGUACUGGACAGACUGGGGUGAAACUCCAAAGAUAGAGAGAGCGGGUAUGGAUGGCAACCAAUCAAGCAGAGCUGUGAUAAUAAGUGAAGACAUUUUCUGGCCUAACGGGCUAACACUAGAUUAUGAUGAGUCAAAAAUAUACUGGGCGGAUGCCAAGCUGAGUUUUAUACAUAGUUGUGAUUUUGACGGUCAACAUAGACGAGUGGUGAUUAAGGAUGAACUUCCUCAUCCAUUUGCAUUGACUUUGUUGGGUCCAACCCUUUUCUGGACCGACUGGGAAACACGAUCAAUACACUCUUGUGACAAACUUACAGGUGAUAAUCGCAAGGAAAUAUUGCACGAAGUUUAUUCUCCGAUGGAUAUACAUGUUUACAGUGCUAGAAGACAGCCUAAAGGUAUACAUGACCUUCUGUGCUCUAUAGACAAUGGGGGUUGUUCACAUCUUUGUCUCAUCUCGCCUCAUCCUCCAUACUAUGCCUGCGCCUGUCCGACUGGUGUCCAACUUAAGGGUGACAAUAAAACCUGCGCUAACGGUGCCCAGCAGGUGAUAUUACUAGCGAGACGGACUGACCUGCGUGAGAUAUCCUUAGAUACCCCUGACUAUACUGAUGUGGUUCUUCCACUGGACAACAUCCGUCAUGCCAUUGCUAUUGACUACGAUCCUGUAGAUGGCCACGUGUACUGGACUGAUGAUGAGGUUAAAGAGAUCCAGAGGUCCUCCCUGGAUGGAAGUGACCAAGAGACAAUUGUUAGUACAGAAGUGAACCAUCCAGAUGGUGUUGCCAUUGACUGGAUUGCCAGAAACUUAUACUGGACAGACACAGGAACGGAUCGGAUAGAGGUAACUCGCCUCAAUGGCACCUCACGCCGUGUUCUCAUCUCGGAGGACCUAGACGAACCACGAGCAAUAUGUCUGGAUCCAAUCACUGGACAUAUGUAUUGGACUGACUGGGGAACUGUUCCUAAAAUAGAACGUGCAAACUUGGAUGGAAGUAGUCGUGUUCUGUUGAUCAACACAUCCCUGGGCUGGCCUAAUGGGAUCUCCAUCGACUACGCAGAGCAGAAGAUGUACUGGGGUGACGCGAAAGAAGACAAGAUAGAACUGGCAAACCUUGAUGGCACCGGGCGACGUGUUCUUGUCUCACAGCAACUACCACAUAUCUUUGGCUUUAGCCUACUAGGUGAUUACAUCUACUGGACAGACUGGCAGCGAAGAUCUAUUGAACGUGUAAACAAGAAAACUGGACAGAAUCGGGAAGUGAUAGUCGACCAGCUACCAGAUAUUAUGGGAUUAAAGGCCAUCAAUGUUCAAAAAAUGGAAGGUACCAACCCCUGUGCUGAAAACAAUGGAGGAUGCAGCCAUUUGUGUUUGAUGACAGCUGACCAAGGUCCUGUAUGUGCCUGUCCUAUGGGGCUGGAACUGGUCAGUAAUGGUAAAACAUGUAUUGUACCGGAGGCAUUCCUUCUAUUCACGCGCAGGCGCGACAUUAAACGAAUGUCCCUGGAAACCAGUCACAGGAUCAUGCCUGUCCCCAUCCGUGGUGUCAAGGAUGCAUUGGCUAUCGACUUUGACUUCAACGACAGCAGGAUUUACUGGACUGACGCCAAACUCAAGACUAUCAGCAGAGCCUUUCUGAAUGGUAGCGCCUUGGAGACCAUCAUCGAGUAUGGGUUGAUGUAUCCAGAGGGAAUGUCUGUGGACUGGGUCGCUCAUAACAUUUACUGGGUAGACUCGGGCACGCGUAGGAUAGAGGUCGCUCGAACAGACGGAACAGCACGAAGGGUGCUUAUUUGGAGGGAGAUCCACCAACCGCAUGCUCUGGCAGUAGAUCCUGCCAACGGUAUGAUUUACUGGACUGACUGGGUAGAGCCUCACAGACUGGAGAGGGCUGCACUGGAUGGUUCACAGAGGACUACCCUUAACAGCAACUUUGGCAAAGUCAAUGGCCUCACCAUUGACUAUGAAGUCAAGCGCUUGUACUGGGCAGACCUUGAUUCUAGGUCUAUCGAGUCUGCAGACAUGGACGGCACUAACCAGGUGACCAUUGUGAAUGACCAUGUCCCUCAGCCAAUGGGCCUUACACUCUACCUGGACUUUGUCUUCUGGGCAGACUACCAGCAGAAGACUAUUGAAAGGGCCAACAAGUCAUCUGGAACCAACCGUACCACUAUACACUACAAUAUGGAAAAUGUCGUGGAUCUGCUUGUAUUCCAUGCUUCCAGACAGUCAGGAACAAACAGUUGCAAGAACAAUGGAGGAUGUUCCCAUUUGUGUCUAGUAAGGCCAGGCACUGAGGCAGGGGAGAUAACUUAUCAGUGUGCUUGUCCAACUCACUUCGCACUCAACACCGAUCAAAAGACCUGUAUUGCUCCGGAGUCAUUCCUGUUGUUCAGCCAAAAGAAUGUGAUUAGUCGCCUUGUGAUCAGUGAUAGUGACCUUGACCCUGACUCACCUGAUGUUGUCCUGCCUAUUCCUGGCCUGAAGAACGUCCGUGGCCUGGCAUAUGAUCCCAUUGAUCGCUACAUUUAUUGGAUUGAGGGUCGACAAUGGUCAAUCAAAAAAGCAAAAGACAAUGGCACACAGGCUAUUGUUGUGGUGUCCAAUCCGCAGGCAAUGUACCGUCCGUUUGACAUUGCUAUAGAUCCAUACUCUCAAACCAUAUUUUGGACAUGUUCCAUCACCAACAAGAUCAACAUUACUCGUUUUGAUGGUGUGUCCAUUGGUGUCGUCAUUGCUAGCGACGAGAAACAUAACAUCAAGCCACGCUACAUUGUUCUCAAUCCACAAAAAGGGUACAUGUACUGGACAAAUCUAGUUGGGCAGCCUUCAAUAGAACGAUCAGCUUUAGAUGGCACUGAACGUGUAUCGUUGUUUCACACUAACCUGGGAAAGCCAGGUCCACUUGCCAUCGAUGUUGAAGGAGGCCGCUUGUACUGGGCUGACUCCAGCCUCAACAGGAUUGAAAGCUCAGACUUAGAUGGAGGUGAUAGGAAUGUGUUAGUUGAUGAAAAGAUACAAAAUUUAAAAGGCAUGGCUGUUUUUGGAAACUUCUUGUAUUGGAUUGACAAAGAGCAACGCGCUAUUAUCCGAGCAAACAAGUUAGAUGGUAAAAAUCGUACUUAUAUUCAAGGUCGUUUGGAAAGUCUGAGUGACCUUGCAGUAGCUCAGUACCUACAACUUGUGGACCUAGAUCAGCAUCCGUGUGCAGUUAACAACCACAAGUGUACUCACAUAUGUGUCGCCCAGGGAGAUAACACAGCGCGAUGUUCAUGUCCCAUCGACUUGGUACUGAAGGCGGACGGUCACACAUGUGCUGAUCCGCCAACUUGUUCGCCACAGCAGUUUACAUGCAAAAGUGGAGACAUUAACUGUAUCCCUGGUGUUUGGCGUUGUGAUGGGCAGGGAGAGUGUGGCGACGAUUCAGACGAGGAGGAUUGUCCAGUGUGUGACCCAUCACAGAUCAAAUGUGGUGAUGGCAAGUGUAUUGAUAACAACAUGGUGUGUGAUGGAGAGAAGCAGUGUGAUGAUGGCCUGGACGAGGAGAAUUGCUGUGAUCCUGAAGAUCCUCACUGUAAGGAUGAUGAUACGGAUGAUGAUUCCGAGUGUCUCCACAAUUCUCAGAUGGAGCCUUGUGAGCGUACCGCCACAAACAAACCUGCCACUCCACCCGACGCUCACAUCACAGUGAUUAUUAUAGUUGGCAUUUUCUCCCUUGUCCUCAUAGUUGGAGUUGUAUUUGCGUGCCGCAGAAAGUCGCAGGGGAUGAAUAAUUAUUAUGAUAGAGACAUGAUCAUGCUCACCAAACCUCUUAAUGCACAAAUAGACCAAACUCCCCCCAAUACAUUACCUAAGAGGACUAACAAGAAUGGUGCUUUGCCGUCAUCUGUGUCUGGGAGUACGGCUCAGUACGACAGAAAUCAUGUGACUGGAGCUUCCUCCAGUAGUUCUACAGUGACUCACUAUCCUAAAGAGACGCUGAAUCCCCCACCUAGUCCAGUGACAGACCGCUCCGUGUGUUUCGGGGAGUUUAAUGGCUACUCCUCCAAUAGUCCUUCAACAGUGCGAUCAUAUAAACCUUACAAACUACCGCGGCACAUUCCCCCGCCGCCCACAACCCCAUGUAGUACUGACGUUUGUGAGGAAAGUGAACCUUACCCCCCUAAAAGAUACUUCAAGCUUAGUCGGUCAAUAGAACUAUACAAUGACUACGACCCUUACCCCCCACCUCCCACACCUCGUAGUCAUUAUUUCUCGGACGAUAUGAUGAGUUGUCCCCCCUCGCCAUCGACAGAGAGAAGUUACUUCAACCCGUACCCUCCACCACCCUCACCGGUAGGGAACUCGGAUUGCUAGCCAAAUGUGUGAGAGUGGGACUUGGGUGUGUUUACAAAAUGAGAGUGAGCUUGGAAGGAAAAAUAAGUGCUAAUAUUUAUGUAUGAAUGGAUUGAUGUUAGAAAUAAUGUGAAGGUGAGAAUGUGCUAAUUUCUUUUUCAAAUUUAUAUAUAAUAUAUAAUUAUUAUGUAUUUGUAUAUGAGAUAAAUUGUACUUAGCAAUAUAUGGUAUCUCAGCAUUAAUCAACAGUGUCGUUUGUAACCACAUGGUCUGUGUGUGUGAAUAGGCUGUGUUGUCAGGUGGUCAGUCAUGAUUUUGACCUCCCAUCUUCUUUUACCCAUUGUGGUUGUUGAAUUGUACUAUAAAUGGCAAAAACCUUUGUUUAUUUGUUUCUUUGUGUGUAAUGUGAGCUAAUUUUCUCCCUUGAACCUCAUCUAUAAUCAUUAUGAAGGUCAACUCAAUGACUGACCAUCUGCACAAUAUUAUGGCAAAUUUGAUGUUGAACCUGCCAUCAUUUGAUGAUAAGCUUCGUUAUUUCUCAUGCAUGUAUUCAUCCAGUCAUUUGCAACAUUAAAGUAGAACAAUUUAUUUGUGAUGGUUAGUGAUCAAAUCAUACCAAUGGCAGGUUGAACUUUAAAAUUGUGAAAGUGUGUGUGUUAAUAUCCAUCUUUUGAUUGGAUAAUCAAUGUGUUAGUUGCUAGGCAGUGAAGCGUCCCCGCGGUCACCGGACAAGUGCUCAAUAGGACUUUUUAUAGGAUGUUAAUGUAUAACUGGCUGGGACUGCUUUGCUGCUUACCACAAGUUUGUUUCUGUCUUGCAAAUUUUCUUUUCACAUAGCAUUAUGCCAAAGUGAUUUUUUUAAAACAUUGAAUUUUGUGUUCAUUUGAAUGACUUAUUAUAUUGAGAAUUAUUACCUAGGUUUGUAACAAUUUGUUAUCUGAAACUUGUGCUAUUUCCACUAAAUUGAAGGUCAACAAGGUCACGGUUGAUGAAGAUGGCCCUUCCCUAUGAAUGCGGUGAACACUUCCAUUUGUGUCCUGUAAAUUUUUGUGUUAAACAUAGACAAUAAUGAUGAUACAAUUUUAAGCAUAAUUUACAUAUUACUUCUCUUAAUCUUUUAACGUCUACAUACAAAAACAUGCAGUCAAAUUGUUUGGAUCAAUAAUUUGUAAUCGCAAAUGUGUUUAAUCUCCAAUAUUUAAGUUUCCCAGAUCUGCAACAAAUAUUAGUCAGAGAGUGUACACAAGAGAAUUAGUAUUCGAAGUAGAAGACCUCAAUGAUUGAUAAGAAAGUGCAGGAAAUGUGGUAAAAUAUAUAGUGAACUUCCCAAAACCGAUCCUUCUCAAAACCAUUCAUUUCUUGAUACCAAACAAAAUAGCGACACAUAGUGUUACUGAAAUGAUCCUUCUUUGUUAUAGUUAUAAAAUAUUUCCCAAAACUGAUCUCUCUGAACAUUGAAUACCAAACCGAUUUUGAGUCCUGAAUUGAUUAAAUAUACCCAGAAUUACUUAUUUAACUGGCUUUACCUGAAUGUGGCAGGUGCUCCAACUGACCAUGAGAUCAACACCUGCUUCAUAUAUACAAAAUGUCACCCAAUCAACAUUAUUUAAGGAUCCUGACAAAAUGGAUAACUUCCUCGCUCAACUGGCCAAAUGUUCAUAUACUGUUCACGAUUGGUUUAGAGAAGGAUUUCAAAAUUACCUGCAACAAAUUGAAUCAACAAGAUAUGUAGAUUUUUGGUGACCUUAUCAUUUGGCUGGUUAAAAAAAAAUACAGUCUUACAAAAUGUAAAAUUUAAUGCAAAGAUAGAAAUCAGGAUGGUAGAACAAUAUUGUGGAAGUAGCAUAAGUGAGGAUGAGUUUGAUUUAUUUUUGAGUGACCUUGCGACACAAGGUUGUGUUGAUUUAUUUUUGAGUGACCUUGCGACACAAGGUUGUGUUCAGAAUGCUUGCUAUGUUGGACUUCUACCUCUGUUUAAUAGUGUUAGGCAUUAUAUACAUACAGAAAGCAAGCAGCUUUUGAACAUGACUUUUUAUGGUGAAUAAUUAUACUUAAUGGCAUUUGGUGUACCCUUCCACCCCAACAAACCAUAUUGCAGACUGGUCAAGUAAGAUUUCUUUUUUCCAAAUCACUCUGUAUGUGUUCUGUAAAAUGAUAAUUAUCCUUGUUAUUGCUAUUUCUUGAGAAUUACUGGAAGGAAGUUGGUCCCUAGUUGUGUCCAUUCAACUUUUUGAUCGGGAAGACAGGCAACAUUAUUGGAUUUUGACUGUUUAAGUUUGUUUUAUCAGUAUUUUUCAGAAAGUUUUAUAUCUUAAUUUGAUUUCACAUGAAUAUUUUCCUUGUUAUCAAAUUAUUAAGGGGGAACAGGAACAGAUAAAAGAAUGGAAAGUAUAGGAAGAUCAGUCUUAUAGAACCAAUCAAGGUCGUUGAAUGGUGAUCAUGAUUGCCAAGAUCCCUGUGGGAUAUCUCAUCUGAAGAUUUAUGUAUAUCUAAUAGAAUUGAAGCCUUUAAUAAAUCAAUAUUUAGAGUUAAGUAUAUUGAGGGGGAAACAAGCACUGCUUUUAUAUUUUAGCUAAUUUAGUCUUCCAUUUUUGACAGCACAUUUUGUAGAAAAGAAAUAGAUCUAAACCUUGUCACAUGUAAAAUUACUAGCACCUAUGUAAGUUGUUCCAUGUAGUUCAUUGCCAAAGAUAUACAGUGAAAUGUAAGGGUAGUUAGUGUUAGAUAAAACUAAAACUAGAUUUUCUCAAAGUUGACAUGUUCUUUACACUGUAUUGUGUAAAACGUUUUGUGUCACUGCUAGACAUCCAAGUUAAUUUGGAUUUUGACAGAAUUUGCCUCAUUGUUUGUUUCUGUUGUAUCUUGAUUGGAUAAACACAUACUCAGUGCCCUAAAACUGUUCAUUUAAACAGAAUUUGUGUAAAGUUUAAACAAUCCUUAUUCUUAUAAUUCAAAAUAUAUAUAAAACUUUUUAACAAAGUGAAGACAAGUUCAAUCAGUUUUUUCCUUUGUUUACUUAUGAUGGUUUAUGCCAUGGGCGUUAACCAUCAUGUGGUGUCUAUAAACUUUUCAUAAAUAUUUGCUGAUUUGCUAAUUUUGCCACAAUCACUGAAAUAUCCCGGUGAGCAAUACAGGUCCAAUGGGCCUCUUGUAAUUGAAAGCAAGGCUUGUUCAGUGUUUAUAUUAAUAUGAAAGCAAGUUUUGCUUACCUAUUGAUAUUUACCUAAAAGGAAGCUUCGCUCAUUUGUUUAUCUGAAGAAAUAUUGAUUAACCCGAUAUUAUGUGAUCAGUCUAAUGUGGUUUGAUGGGGGAGUUGUAAGAAUAGGAAGGGAAGCUAUUGUUUAAAAAGUAUGAAAUCCUUAUGCGAAUGUUGUGUAUGAUUUGCAGGUGAGAUGAAUCUUACCUGUUUAUAAAUUGAAUUGUUAAAGUGUACAGUGGCCAGAUAGAAUUUGUGUAUUUUUUUGUAAUCCUGUAGAGAAAUGAGUUGUCGUAUAUAUAUUUAUGUUGAUGUACAGAAAACGAUUUUUGUAGUAACCACGGAAAUAGAAUGUGGGUGAUACUGGUGUCAGUAGGUUUAAGAAAUAUUUUUCACGAAUAUUCAGCAUUAGAGAUUCUCUUGGACUGGACAAUUUCCUUAUCCAUUGCACAAAUUUUUUUUAUAAGAAGUAAGCAUCAAUGAUGAAGAAUUCUUUCAAAACAAUUUUAACAUUGUUUUUUUUUUUUAUUACUUUUUAACUCACCUGGGCCAAAGGGGGCAGGUCAGCUUAUAUUAUGGCGCAGCGUCUGUCUGUCAACUUCUUCAAAAAAUCUCAACCAGUCAUGAAUGACUUUUGACCAAACUUAGAAGCAUUCUGGGGCAAAUGGUAACUUAUAACCAAUUUUGUAUAAAGGCUCCGUCCCCUGGUGCCUCAGGGGGAGGGCCCAAAGGGGAAAUUUAGCCAUUCUUUAAAAUCCUUGGGUGAAGGGAACCAGUUUUGUAUAAAUUGCGUGUCUGGCCUCCAAGGGGCCUGAGGGAAAAUAUAACAAAUCCUUCUUCUGUUGAAAUGAUUGGAUUUGGUCCGUAUUUGGUCUGAAGAAUAUUAGGGUGAAGGGGAAUUAACCGAUAUGUAUAAACAAUGGUCACCAUGGGGUGGAGGGGUGGGACCCAAAAGGAAUAUUAGUGAAAAAUCCUUUGGAGUACAAUUUAAUUGUUUUGAAUCUUUGUUAAAGGAAAGUGUUGACUGCAGUGCAUGGUACUGAGUGGCAGAUCCUAAACUGGGAAAAGUAUUUCAUAUAUAGCUUAGUGUUUAAUAAACACAAUCACCGAAAACCAGGUGAGCAAUGCAGGUCCCAUGGACCUCUUGUUACAAAAAGAUUGGUUAUAAUUAUUUCUUGACAAAGCUGAUAUUCCUUUUAAUAAUUACUUGGCCUACAGGCAAAAUAAAAAGCUUGUAUGUAGAUUUGAGAGUACUUAUGUAUAUAUUGUACAUCCUCCAUACUUACGAUGUAUGUAGAAAAUGUUAUAGAGCUGCUGCUGAAAAGUGUAAAUAUAUGUACAUUGUCUACAGCAUCAGAUCAUACAAAACCAUGAGAUUGGGGUAUAUGUCACAAUGUCCUGCUCUAUACUGCUAUUGCUUUGUUAAAUUAGAACAAUUUCUGGAUAUUUGUUUUUAGUUCACCUGACCUGAAGGACUUGCAAUUGGGAGCGUAUGGCAUGGCGCCUGACGUCUGUCUGUCUGUCAACUUUAAAUAUAUAUCGCAACUAGUCAUGACUCAGAUAUUUUAUCACAUUUGUUCUGGAGUGUUGGGGGGGAUAAAAUAAAUUAUGGCAAAUUCUCUGAUAUCUUUCAUCUCAUCAUGUUGCAUUUUGACAUAAUCUUUAUAUUAUGCAGGUGAGCGAUACAGGUCCUCUCAGCCACUUGUUAUUUUAAUAUCCUUAUUUUAUUUAGUGUAGCUGCCAUCCAAAAAUACACUUGAGCGGUGCUGUUUUUAUUGUAGAUUUACUUUUUGUUUGUUACCACAAUAUCAGCCAAACAAUUGUUUUUUGUUAACGUAUCCCAUUCUAAAACAUUGAAGAUAAAACAAGUGAAAAAAUUGUGAUAAUUAAUCAUACUCAAAUGUCCACAGUCCAUAGUACUAAGAUAAGACUCUCUACAAGAUAUAUUUACAGUAACAUAGUGUAUAAUUUUACAGAUGAAAUCAGUGCUUAGAUAUACUGGUACAUCUGAAUAGAUAUCGCUAAACAGGAUGUCAUAGCGAUGUACAGAGGAGAGACACUUCAGUGAUGAUUGCUGUAAAAAGAUUCGAACAAUAUUUUCAUGUCUGUAGUUCAUGAUGUGUUAUUCACUUGUCUGGCAACGAGAAGUAGAACUUUUUGUCUAUUAUUCAUAUUUUUAUUUUCAAUGGAAGUUUUAGAAACUUCUUAAAAUCAGUGCUCUUUUUAGACGUAUACGUAGUUGUUUUAAAUUUCAAUCUUUCAUGCAUGAAAAAGAUUUUAAUUCGAGAGAGGAAAUUGAAUUUAUUCAGAAUUUUAUUAUUUUAGUUAUUGCAUGCUGAUUUUUAAACGAAAUCUUUAAAAAGAUGGUUGUGUAUACACAACACCAGAUUGUGAUAUCAGAAACAAGUGCUGAUCCAUUUAUUGUUUACAUAGAGUUGUGACAAAAGUGACCCUGUAAGAAAUACAAAAUGAUUUAUUUUACAAUAUUGAAUCAUAAGCAUUGUUCAAUUUUGGGGAGGUAAUUCACAAGAAUUUUAAAAGGAAAUAAUUUCAUAAAAUUUUGUCUGCAAUGCAAAUGUUUAUAUUUUUGAGAAAUUCACAUACAUUUGUAUUCGCAGUGUAACGUGACCAGUGUUUCAAAAUUUGAAAAAUAUUUAACAAAAGAAAUUUUGUGCAGGCUAGUAUUUUGCCAGAUAUAUGUCUAUAGCAUUAUUCAGGUUAUAAAGAGACUAUGUCCCAAAAUAUGUAUUGAUAUAACACAACAGUUGUAGUGUAUAUCAAGGGUGACGUGGGACAUGGCCAAAACAGUGCUAAAAUUAACGGGUAUAUCAAUGUAAAUACAUUUUUGUUGAAAUCAUUCAUUUGUUGGGUUUGCUCACCAAGAAAAGGGACAGGUUGCAUACAUAUAUAUUUAUUUGCCUUUAAUGUGAUUUAUAUAUUUGUGGUAUUCCACAAUAGAUUGUUUCUAUAAAUGUACUAUGAUGAUGUGUGGUUUCUCACACACAUGCGUUGGUACAUUUGGUAGAAGUAUUUGGUAUAUAGAUAACAUUGAAGUCUGGUUACUCUCCAACAAAUAUAGUCCUUUGUUGUCACAAUAUCACAGUUAAUUUGUUGUUUUGUGUACUAAGUACAUGUCAAAAGAUAAAAUCAAAAUUAGUUGCAACAUUGUUCUUGUUCCCUAUACAAGGCCAGUACAGAUACAUGUAACCCCUCCCUGCUGUUGUUAUUAGUUCUCCUCACUCCCUCCAGUAAGUGGAAGUUGUAUUAGUUCUCCUCACUCCCUCCAGUAAGUGGAAGUUGUAUUAGUUCUCCUCACUCCCUCCAGUAAGUGGAAGUUGUAUUAGUUGUCCUCACUCCCUAAAGUGCAGGAUGUGUUAGUUGGCUUCCCUCCAUCCAAAGGCUUUGUAGCCAUUGGUAGCAUGCAAUGCUUAUUUUCUGUGCCUUAUUUGUGCUAUAUAAACCCCCUUCAUUGUCCAAUAUGAAAGUACAGGUAUUCUUAUGGCUAUUAUAGGAUAAGAGCCAUUAUGUAUAAUGAUAAAUUGAAAUAAUAAAAUCAAAAAUACUAAAAUA